CUCAGCUACUUCUUCAUCGUUGACUUUUUCAUAAUUGAGCAGCCGUACCUGUCCAGGCAGCCAUUGAAGAGCUCUCCCUUCCCGCGGCUUCCAUUUCUCUAUCUAUACUCGUCUUAAUUUCAUUCUGUUUACUCAAUAACUUUCAUUUGUUGCCCAAUUUGAAAAAGAAAAGCUAAAGCAAAGAUGAAUGAUCUGUUUUCUGGAUCGUUCUCUCGUUUCCGCAGCGAAGAGCCAUCGCCGCCGUCUCAUCAUCAGAACAACAUCGAGAUGACAGGUAACAUGCCCUCCACUGGUGGUGUCAACCUUGAUAAGUUCUUUGAAGAUGUUGAGGCGAUUAAGGAUGAGUUACGAGCACUUGAGACGCUGCAUAAUCAGCUUCAAUCGUCUAACGAACAUAGCAAAACCCUACAUAACGCUAAAUCUGUGAAAGAGCUUAGAUCUAAGAUGGAUAACGACGUCGCUAUCUCACUCAAGAAGGCCAAGUUCAUCAAAGUCCGUCUCGAAGCCCUAGAUCGUUCCAACGCCGCCAAUCGUAGUCUCCCUGGAUGCGGACCUGGCAGCUCUUCAGAUCGAACUCGGACCUCUGUAGUCAACGGCCUCCGUAAGAAACUCUCUGAUUCGAUGAACUCCUUCAACGAUCUGCGUAAUAAAAUGGCUACAGAGUACCGUGAAACCGUCCAGCGACGGUACUACACCGUCACCGGCGAAAAUCCGGACGAAUCGACAGUAGAUACGCUGAUCUCCACCGGACAAAGCGAGACUUUUCUGCAAAAAGCGAUUCAGGAGCAGGGGAGAGGGCAAGUGAUGGACACAAUCCUUGAGAUCCAGGAACGACACGACGCCGUUAAAGAGAUCGAGAGGAAUCUGAAGGAAUUGCAUCAGGUGUUUAUGGACAUGGCGGUGCUGGUGGAGAGUCAAGGGGAGCAAUUGGACGAUAUUGAGAACCAGGUAAACCGUGCCAGCUCGUUCAUCAACCGUGGUACCACACACUUACAGGUUGCACGUAAGCAUCAGAAAAACACCAGGAAAUGGGCCUGUUUUGGGAUUGUUUUAGUGUUGAUUGUCAUUCUUAUUAUCAUACUCUCCAUCAGGCCUUGGGAGAACAGCGGUGGCGGUGGAGGUGGCGGCAAUAACAAUUCCACACCUACCUUAUCACCACCACCGCCUCCACCACCGCCAUCCACUUGACACCAUCGCAUUUGGUCACUACUGCAAGUGGUAAAUUGGUGUUUCUCGUCCUUGGUGUCUAUCAUUACUUAUUUUUUUAAAAGAUGAGUAUACAUUUCUCAAAUUUUUAUGAUACUUGUUUUUUCGAUUAUUGUAUUUACUUAUGAGAAUUGUAUUUAUUUAUGGAGAGAUUAAUUUAUUUAUGUAAAUAAGUCAUCAUUG